AUGUUCCUAAAGAAAAACUCUGAAUAUUCUGUCAAUGGAAGAAAGUUCGAGGAAUUAGAUGUAACUCCCUUUAAGAGCCAUGAAUUUCAAACUAUUUUAAGUUAUGCAAUAAUUAUAUGGGGACUUUCAGUUAUGAAGUUUGCACUGUUGAUAUCCGAUAUUUAUACGUGCAUAAAACUAUUGGCGUUCAAUACAUGGUCUAAUAACUAUAUCAAGCCAUUUCUACCAUUUAAUGUUUCUAAGUGGCUAUUUAGUGCGUGUAUCAUAUUUUCAAUAAUAUUGCUACUUUACGAUAUCAUAUGUGGACUUAGAGUUUAUAAAAGACAAAUUAUUACUAAUUGUUACAUGAACAAUUUUGCUCGUACUUUCUAUUGUCUUUUAAAUUAUUCUGUGUUUUGUGUCUUGGACAGAAUUACACCAAAUGGUAGAUUUCAAAAGAUUGCAUUUUUUACGUUUUUUGAAUUAAAGAAUUGCUUCAGAUUAGUACUAACUGAUUCGCCUAGACAAGUUAUAAACGGACUGACUUUAUGGUCUGUACUGAUUGCAGUUAACGAUGAGGGAGGAAAUAGUGAUAACUUGAAAAAUCUGGAAUCAUUUCACGGUUUAAUCAAUAAAAUCAGACGAAUUGCUCAAAGUAAUCAUGAAGAAGCAGUCAUUUUAUCUUUUAUGCUGUUUUCCUUUAUAAUUUGGACAUUUUUUAUCCUGAAAUUUUUCACAGCAUUGUCCUGUUCAUUUUACGUUUAUAAAAGAUUAUCUGUUGAAUAUAAAGUAACAGGAGGCCUAAAGGAGUAUAUUCGGAUGACAGUCAACUACAAUAUUGACUACUUAAUGGAAUCUCAGAAUUUAUUGCUCAAUGGAACUGUAAGUGGUGUAACGAAUAAACCAAUUAUGGGAGUUUUUUCACUCAAUUCCCUUGAAAGACAUCAUUCUUUUCUUGAAAGUAUAUAUCCCGAUGAUAUAUCGGCAAAGACAAUAAUGCGACCAAAAAGAUUAACAUCAAUGAUAAUACCGGAUGACUCCUUAGGAUAUGUUACAUACCUAAAAAAGAGUGCAAUCUUGAAUGGAGAUUUGUUGAAGGCACCGAAAAGAACUUCUGUUGACACACUACCAAGUUAUUAUAACUUCGAUGGAAGCUCUGAUUCAAUUUUUGUUGAUAGGAACACUUGGAAGCCUAGUCAUAUAUUCACCCCUCAGAAGGCGUUCUUUAGAGAUCAUAAAUAA